AUGGAUUUACCGGCCGAAGGUCCUAGCAAGGAAUAUCCCAAGGCUUUCAACGAGACAUACGCUGACGACAAACACGGAGACCCAUUGUGGAAGCAGCACCUUUCAUUAAACGAUAGGCCCAUGAUGACUCUGCCCCCUUUUGGUGUGAAAUGGUUGCCUUCUCUCCCACUCAUUGGGAAGAAGGUGGACACAAUCUAUUAUUGUCGGAAGGAGGUUGCCCGUCUCAAUGUCGAGAUAGAGCAGGACCAGAGCGCACCAGUACCCACUCAUGAACUCUGCUUUUAUCCCGUUCAACCGGCAAGUUGCCACCGCGCAUAUGGCCUGUCAGUCGCUUUCUCAUUACAUCGCACAGUAGAUGUGCCCUCGCCACAUUGAGGUCUCUCCCGAUGACGUCAUCUGGUCCAAAAUGAAGAUUUCUUGGUGGCAGAGGUAUUUGCGCAUUGCCGGUAUUACUAUAGCUACAGGCGGUUUGAUCGUUGGAUGGGCUUUCCCGGUCGCCAUUAUUGGUUUGGUUUCUCAGAUUGAUUAUCUCACGGAAACGGUCCCAUGGCUGGGGUGGAUUGAUAAGCUUCCCAAUUUUGUUCUUGGUCUGGUCCAAAGGUCUGCUCCAAAGUGUUUUUCCUCCAAUGGGUUUGGCAAUCUUAGUGGCAUUGUUGCCCAUUAUCCUUAG